AUGGGACCCAAGACACCCUCGACGAAUGCUGUCACAUUAUCGAAAGGUCAGAAACGAAGAGCUCCCCCGCCGACGUCCUCAUGUACUCCAAAUGCGGAUCGAGGCCGUGGUCCUAAACGCGUCAAGCUGUACGAUGCGCGAACUAUCCUCAGCCAGAAUAAAGAUGCGGCGCUCAAGAACGGGGAGCUGGACUUGAACGCAUUCUUGAAGGCACGUGAAUUCGAGAUCAAGGCAUUGGAAGAUGGCAUGCAAAGAUCCAAGGGCAAUCUCAUGGAGAGAGCUUUCCAGUCAGUUCCGAGAGACUUGAGGAGACGCACUGCGAGUCACAAUGUCAAAAGAGUACCAAAGCGACUGCAGAAAAGAGCGAAACGGGAAAUGGAAGGCGACAAUACACCUACAGUUGAUUCGAGUAAAAGAAAACCGAGGACGACCCGAGGUAGAUUACGAGCGGAAACUGCGAAGAGAUUAGGCAUUCUGGCGGCAAAGAAGCUUGCGCAAAAGUCCAAAACUGGAGAUGCUGAAAAAAAGUUAGACAUAAGAGCCGCGCGGCCGAAGAUUCGCAAGGACAAACUCAAUGGUCCACCAAAACCAGUUUCAAAAUUCAGGAAAAGACAGAUCCAUAAGACAUGGUUACCUACUCAUAUGUGGCAUGCGAAACGAGCACGAAUGACGGAGCCAAAGAAUCCGUUUUGGAGAUUUGCUCUUCCUGUCACAUCUACAGAAAAGUCUUACCGCCCAACGCAUCGUGCCUCUGGUGCGAGGGGAGCAGUUGCCUGGGAUAUGAGCUACAUGAGUACAAUUGGACUCGAAGGUCCCGUCGAAAGCCUUGAAAAGGUGCUAAAAGCUAUGGGAGUAACCGAAGCGAACUUGUGGGAACGAAGGGGUGCGCUUUGGCGGGGUGGGAAGAGAAGUUGGACAGGAUGGUUGCCAAGGAAGUCAGGAGACGAUUGCGUUCAGAUUGGCCCUUCAACGAUCAUCUGGUGUAAUUCAGAAUCAAUUUCUUCAAUUCAAACAGACGCUUCCAAAAAGCACCCAUCACAAAGAAUCUUUGUGAGAAUACAUCCGUCUAUGUUCCUGGAGACUUGGGAUGAGCUCCUUCGGAUAUCAAAACUUCAGCGCCCAAAGGUUCACAUUGAAGAUCUUCGUUUCGAAAUUGGAAGCAUAAGUAUCACUGGGCCAGGUUCAACAGAAUCUCUACUUGGGAUUCUAUAUCCUUUUGAGAAGUCUGCCAGCUCGGCAGCUGAGUCUGGUGAUCAGCACGCAGAUACAUUUAAAUUACUAGCUGGAGUGACAAAUCCUGCGGCUUUACCUGCGAAUGCGAUUCUGUCCUUUCUAGUAAUGGAUCCACGCCUUCGUUAUCCGUCUAGAAGGAUCACCUUACCCAAACCUGAGGAUGAAGAAGCCAAUUUCAAGCAGCUUGAAAUCUUAUCGGCUUGGCCAGUUGAUAAUUCGAAUCCAUCACCUGGGCUAUUUGAUCGAAAUACACGCUUCAAAGCUACACGACUACCAGCUCAAAAGGCCAUAAAUCGUCGCAAAGGAAAUGCACCGCCUGGUGCUCAUCCUACUCCUCUCCCAACAGAUCCGCAAAUUCCUAUCAUGCUAAUUGCCUCUCGCAAUUCGUCCUCUACCUCAGCACAAGGCACUUGGACUCUUCUUGCACCUUGGAAAUGUAUACUGCCUUUCUGGUACGGCCUCGUCCAUCAUCCCCUGACUUCAGGUGGUAAUCCACGGUUUGGAGGGCUUGAUGAACUUCGCCAGACCCAUUUCGAGCACGGAACUCCGUGGUUUCCAGCGGAUUUUCCAGGAACUGAUGCUGGUUUCGCUUGGGAGCUUGAAAAGAGGAAAGAACGAAAAGCGAAAUGGGAUAGGAGACCUAAAGGGAAGAGGAUCGAAUGGGACUCUUUAGAUCUUGGCGCUGGUCGAAAAGGAGAAAUAGGGCGAGGUUGGGCUUGUGAUUUCGAGAGAUUGAUUGGAAUUCAUCCAUUACCCGAGGAAGAUCAUUCUGUGAAUACUACGGACAUUACUCCCCAAGUAACAACUCAAGAUACCGCGGACAAAAUGAAGACAAAAGAACCUGAAUCUGCCAUUCCAACAGAACCGAAGAGAAUCACCUCCCCAAUCCACCACAUCUCCAAAAAAGCCUUCACCACUCUCCUCUCAACACCUAACCCCCCAGCACCUCCACCAACACAAGUCGCAACCAUCCGUCUCACCCUCACAUCCCGCGGCGUCGCCUCUCCAUGCGCACGCAUCUACCGUCUCCCCCAACCUCCCUCCCAAGAAGACUCAACCCUCUCCACCAACGCCUCCACGCCCCCAUCCACAACGCGCGAAGCCUGGCUCGAUCUCCUUCCCUCCAACUCCAAAACCAAACCCACCAUCAAAAACCCAACACGCAUCGCCCACACCACCUCCCUCACCGAACGCACCCGUCUCCUCGCACAAUCCCUCCUCGAACCCCCUACAAAAGAAGAGGAGCCCCCGAAUGUGCCGGAUGAAGAAGAUCUCAUCGGGUUCGUUACCACCGGAGAAUUUAGUCUGGCGGAGGGGAGGGGCGUGGCUGUGGGGACUGUUGUGGUGGGAAGGGUGCUUGGGAGGGAAGGGGGGGAGAAAAGGAAGGGAGGGGAGAGGUUGUGCAUUGUUCGGAAUGCGGGGGAGAAGGGGGGACGGUUGGCUAGGUGGGAAGAGGUGUGA